GUUGGGCUUUCAUGCGGUGAUACGGUUUGUAGCCAGAUGGGAAAAGGCACGGGGCUGAUCCUUCUCGGAUACGCUUCUGCAUUCGUGACGAGCCGAAGCAUAUGUGUCGAAGCGGAAGAUCCGGGUUGUGUAAGCUUCUCCUUGCACUACUAAAGGGAACGCUUCCCGCUCCCGCUUCGAUCAAGUCACCGCCGGAGUCCCGAGUCAGAAAAGGCACGCGAUAGUCAUCACUUGCAUCACUACAUCUUAUCAGACCUCGCCCAAGGUCUAAACCAACCAUUCCAAGAUCUUUUUGACCGACAGAACAAAAUGAAGGCCGUCUGGGUUGUUCUUCUUGCCGCCGUGUCUGCGAUCGCCGCCCCGGCUCCGGCUCCCGAGGCCGCCCCGGAAGCCAACCCAGAGCCCGCUCCUGGUGGUUAUGGAAACUACGGCAAUUACGGCAAAUAUGGCAGCUACGGCAGCUACCCGCCCCCAAAAGGUGGAUACAAGGACUACGGCCACUACAAGGAAUAAUAUGACCAAGCACGCAACACGCAAUGGGCUAUCCGGCAGCGAACUAGUGUAAUGUCGGUGAAGGGGUGGAUAGAUGACGGACGUAACGGCCGCCUAUGGUUUGAAGGCAAACACUCCUUAGUGCUCUACGACAUCAGUGAUCCCUUUCGAGUUAUCCGGGGCACGUGCUUCGGUGAUUCGGAGAGAACAUCACGGACAUGAUGGAUGGGUCUUAAUAUACACUCCUUGGUGCACACACUGUGCAAACCUGACCAUUCGUUUUAUGUUCCACAAUCGCCGCCUCGAGAUAGGUUUUUGGAGCUCACAUUGAUUACGUCGUAACUGGC